GGGGAAAUAGGACACAUUUAGCACAUAAUAUCCAAAUAUUCGGAACGUGUUUUGAACAAUUAACAAAGGUCCAUAUCGGAGUCGUGGGGUCGGUUUUUUAAUUCUUUAAGUGCUCUUUGUUUCCUACCAAAUGGGACGAUAAAAUAGAAUGAAAAGGUGUCCCACCUUUCCCCAACCUACUAUAUGAAGAAUUGGUAUUGCUUGAACAAAAAGAUCAAACUGUACGAGCUAUUUCAGCCUGUUUUAUUAAACUACAAUACUAAGUUAAUGAUUCAAACUCGUAAACUAUAAAAUUUCUGGAGUUUUAAUAUGAUUUAGCAAGCAUUUAAAAUAAGCAUCCUAUUAAUAUGCUUUUUAUUCAGCCAUUAAAAAAAUCUUUUGUUUGUUCAACACAGAUUUGUUGGACGGUGAAAAUACUGUUGAAUACUAUACCGUAAUCUUUUGUGUCUAAUAUAUUAAUUAAGUGGGUACCUGUAACGGGGAUUUAAACAACGUGUUCCAUAUUACCCCAAGUCCCAACACUAAAUUCAACCGAUAAUAAAUACGUUUUUUAACUAUGUGAACUUAUCGGAAUGUUGUCUCCCUGCAAUUCCACGUAUCGCGAAAUUUUAAGCUUCACCUGGACGACAGGUUUACACGAAAUAUCCUUCAUAAACUGCUAUUUACUUAACUAUAAUCUGAUAAUAUGCUUUGCGCUAAAAUUCUAAUUCAAAAUUUCUAUACUGUCGGUCGGUAACUGAUUUUCCAAGUAUUUCAAGCUGCAGCCGAAUCGGUUUUCAGUUUGACGCAAAUCGAGCUCAGAUUAGUUCUCAUAAUGUGCCACAUUCUGCAUAUAGGUUGCCCAGGGUGAAUUAUAAAUCCAUUUAAUUGCGCGUACGUUGAACCGUUUGCGUCAAACCUGUUUACAUUAGCGAGUUGUAAAUGCUGCCUGCCAAGGUAAGAUUUUCUAAAUAAAUCUCUUUAGGCUUGACCUACAUAGUCUGACUUAUUUAUGGUCAGCGUUAUCGCAGUGAGGCAUCAACAAAUUCUGAAAUCUUAUUUCUCCAAAUGCCCUGCAAACUAACUCGUUUUCGUGCAACUUGAGUUUUAAAGAAUUUAAAAGAGAAAAUUCCACCGUUAGGGUGUAUAUAAGGGACAUGCUUUGCGAAACAAGUCAUUCGUUUACUGGUGUUAAACAUAGAGAUAUUGUAAGCUUACAUAUAGGCAUCAAAAUGAAGACUAUUUUUUGUGCUAUUUUAUUUUAUGUUGUGGUACUUCGACAGUAUACAUCGGCUGUUCCCGUUAUGUGCUUCGUAUGCGACACCUCAAGAACAAAUGAAGAAUGCACCUCAAAAGGAGGUCUGGUGCGAUGUAAAGACGGUGAAAUGUGUAUGAAUGAAGUACGCCGCAUUGGUAACGGAGUGCAUAUCUCGAAGAGGUGCAAGCAAAUACAAGCAUGCGAUAACAACCUUUCUCAGGGAAGCGUAUGCGACCCAUCUCAACUAAGCUCAGUAUGCCGAAGUUGUUGCAUUAAAGACCGAUGCAACUCUAGACAACUGUACAUUGGCGAAGAACCUGAACUUCCAGUUGUGGUUCGAACCCCGGUGAGAAGCCCUAUUUGUCCUGCGCUUGAACAUCCUCAAAAUGGACGCAAAGUUUGCGAGUUUAGAAACAAAUACAACGAAAUCGGAACGCAAUGUAGAUUUGCAUGCAGUGAAGGAUACGAGUUGAUAGGAAACGUUAAAAGCACGUGCGUUCGAAAAAGCAUAGGAGCAAAAUUUGACAAGAGUACACCUAUUUGUAAACGAAAGACUUGUCCAGCGAUCCCAACAGCGCCCACUGACGGAAGUGUUUCUUGUACGAGAUCUAAGAACAUUGGCAGCAUGUGUACGUUUAUUUGCAAUGCUGGAUUCCUGCUCAGAGGUUCACGCUCUGUCACAUGUGAGGAAUCUAAACGAUGGACAACAGUCUCACCCACUUGUCACAGUGUAACAUGUCCACUUCAGCGUCACCUGCAAAACGGACGCGUUGAAUGUACCAACGGUAAUCGAGCCGGUAGCGAAUGCAGUUUCUUCUGUAACAAUGGAUUUGAACUAACUGGGCAUUCGACGUUAGUUUGUAACAUAGAGGAUGCUAUUGCCGUGUGGAACAACGUUGCUCCAAUUUGUACAGAGCGCCUAUGUGUCGAACUAAACACAAUAAACAACGGGCAGUUCUCAUGUUCGAAUUCGAACCAUUUCAACUCAACAUGCUCCCUUGAGUGCAACGCCGAUCAAGGCUACUUCCCUUCACCAAGUAAUACUCAGUUCAUCUGCAUAGAUGGAAUUUGGAAUGCCCCCAAACCUUGUUGUACGAGAAGCUGUCCACCUUAUACUGUUAUGGACUUGGUCGUUAUUCUUGAUUCAUCGUCUUCUGUUGGACUUGACAAUUGGAACACAAUGAAAAGUUUCGCGAAACGAUUUGUUGGCUCCUUCGUAAUUGCUUCAAAUCUUGCGCGAGUUUCAGUGAUCCGUUACAACAGAUAUGUUGAUAUUCCGAAUCGUGUGUUGUUUAGAGAUUUUCCAGAUAAUAGAACCGGCCUCUUGUCUCAUAUAGAUCAACUACCAUACGAAGGAUCAGGCACUAAAACGGGCCUGGCUUUGAGAUACACCAAAGACGUUCUUUUGCAGCCGAUUAGUGGCAAUAGAAAGAAUGUAAAGGACGUCGUGCUGAUUAUUACAGAUGGAAGAUCACAAGACAAUGUCACUGAAGUAUCACAGCAACUUAGAGACAUGAAUGUCUUGAUCAACGUAAUUGGAAUCGUGCCAUCAAAUGGCCGUGGGCUCGAUGCUGACGAAUUGCUUAGCAUUGCUGGGACACCGGAUCACCUGCAAAUUGCAACAUCGGGAUUUAGUGAUUUGAACGAAAAUCUCAUGACUGAUCUAAGCGACCAUUUCUGUAGAAACCCGUGCGGAUACGGUUUAACAGCUGAUGCGUUUGUUGCUUCUGAAUUUGAUUAAUCAGUUUGGUUACCGCUUUUUCUGUAAAAUUCUAGUAUUUCAAGAUUUUUGUUGUUAAUUGUCAGUUUGCAUGCUGUCGUAUCGUGUUUGUUUUGAGUAUUUUAGUCAAUACAGUUCCG